GUUUGUUUUUAUUACCUUGUUUUGGUGCAAAUCGCACCAUGCUAGCGUCCACCGGCUAUAAAAGCCCUGCCUUUUUCAUAGAAUUAUUUAGUUCGCUUUCGACAGUGUAAAAAACCAAUCUACAAACAUGAAAUUCUUCAUUGUCUUCUUCGCCUUGAUCGCGAUGGUCUUUGCCGGUGGCUAUGGUGGACAUGGUGGACAAGGCCAGCAAGAAUUCGGACAAGGUGGACAUGGCCAGCAAGGAUUCGGACAGGGCGGACAUGGCCAGCAAGGAUUCGGACAGGGUGGACACGGCCAGCAAGGAUUUGGACAGGGCGGACACGGCCAGCAAGGAUCCGGACAAGGUGGACACGGUCAACGCGGACACUACUAAAAUACUGAUUUAAUAAAAAUUUAUAAACCUAAAAACCCCUAAA